AUGAAAAUUCCAAAUUUCUUCAAAAGUGUAUUUUUCGGAGUUCCAGUGGGUAUUACAAUCGUAGAUAUAAUCGGUUAUAUAGCUAGAGUGGAUGGAAUUUCCAUGCAACCAGCUCUAAAUCCCGAUAGAACACAAACUGACUACGUAUUUUUGAAUAGAUGGGCAACUAAGGGUUACGAAAUCAAAAGAGGAGACAUCGUUUCGUUAAUAUCUCCUAAAGAUCCUUCUCAGAAAAUUAUCAAAAGGAUUAUUGGAUUAGAAGGUGACGUUAUAGCCACUUUAAAAUACAAAAGUGACAUUGUUCGCGUCCCAGAGGGCCACUGCUGGAUAGAGGGUGACCACACGGGUCAUUCUAUGGACUCAAAUAAUUUUGGACCUGUAUCUUUAGGUCUUAUCACUGCCAAAGCGAGUUGCAUAGUGUGGCCACCAAAUAGGUGGCAAUUUAUUAAUUCUUUUCUUCCCGAAUCUCGAGCUCCUCUUAAUCUAAGUUCAAGAUCUAUUAUAGGAAUUGCUUAUUAA